AUUCAAAUUCCAAAAUGGCGGACAUGGAUCACUUAGACGCCACUGAGGAUGUGGCAUUAAAUUUUGGAGACGAGGAUGAGAUUUUAAAUAGAAAAAAGAAAUUCAGAAAACCUUUGGUUACCAUCUUCCAUCUUCUAUUUCGAGUGGCAGCAAUCAUUGCUUACCUUCUGUGUGGUUGGUUCAGUGAUAGUUUCAUAACAAACUUUGUUAUCAUAGUUCUGCUUUUAUCAUUUGACUUCUGGACUGUCAAGAAUGUCACAGGACGGUUAUUAGUGGGACUUAGAUGGUGGAACUACGUGGAUGAGGAUGGGAACAGCCAUUGGGUGUUUGAGUCCAGAAAGAGUGACAAGCAGGUGACCACUGCUGAAUCACGUGUCUUCUGGCUUGGUUUGGUCAUUUGUCCCAUUAUUUGGACAUUCUUUCUAGUGGCUGCACUGUUUUCACUGAAAUUUAAGUGGCUGCUUGUUGUUGCAGUUGGGCUCUCUCUAAAUGUUGCAAACCUGAUUGGUUAUGUGCGCUGUAAGAAAGAUGCUGGAAAGAACAUCAAGAGUUUUGCAGGAAAUUUCCUAGGAAGACAGCUCCUUAAUCAGGUACAGGUAAACCCUCCUCGUAAUCGACUUCCUGGAAGAUUUCUCAUACAAAAUUCUGCUAGUCCUGUUCCUCGACUAUUGUAAGUCUUCUCAUUUCUUCUUGUUUCCCUCAGGGUCUUUUAUUCUGUUUAGUAUCUGUAUUUGCUGUUGUCAUCUGGCUCUAUCAGUCACAAUCUGUUGCCAAUUGCAAUCAAAUUAUCAAAGCAGGAAAGUAAACAAACACAAGGUCUUAACUGCAUUGGGGUUUGAAACAUUGUUAAGCUCUCCUCCCCAUCCUGUCCAAAGCUACAUCCAUUAACUAACUUUGUUUUUAUUACAAACAUGGUUAAUUCCAUUUGAAUGCGUGGAUUUGAAUAAAUAUUAAUUUAAACUAAAGUUCUAAAAAUAGGGAUGUAUGUAUGAUACAAGGCAAAAAAAAAUUUUCACAAGGCAGGGUUGGUAUUAGGAAAAAAAAUCUAAACAGUUAAAAGUAAAUAGCAAUGUAAAAAGUUGUUAUUAAACUUAGACUUUGCGUGAAUGAUCUUCACAUACAAUGGAAUAUACAUUCUGUACCUUGUUAAAUCUUUCAUUUUAAAAAAUGUCUAUUAAUUCUGCUGUCUCCUUCUUCCAUGGUUUUCUGUUGUGUAUAUUAAGUUUUGUUUACCACCAGCUUUAACUGGACUUGAAAUCCAACUGAAGGAAGGGUGGUAAAUUUAGUAGGAUGUGGAACUUGUAAUGCACUGGUUACUGGUUCAAUCGCUACUCCUUGCGAUGGAUCUGCUCCACAAUGCUGCAAGUGAAGUCCUUGGCUCUGCUCUGCAAAAAGCUAAUUGUCUCCCUUCUGUCAAUUGGGAAUUUAAAACUUUUAUUCUUUUUUUCCUUUUAAUGUUUGAUUUCUGUUUGUUUCCAUAAACCCUGAAAAUCCUUAUUGGUGGAGUAGGGAAACAAGGAGUAUCUUUCUUUUGUUGAAUGCUGACAAUAGCAGUUUGUUAAGAACUUGCACAACCUUUUUUCUUUCUUUCUUUUGUUGUUGUUUUUUUUAUGAAAUU